AUGGCUUCCCAGGUCCAAAUCUGCAACCUGGCCCUGGGCAAGCUGGCCCAGGACAUCACGAUCACCUCGCUCACCGAGCGCUCCAAAGAGGCGCGCGUGUUCUCGCGCCUGUGGGAGCCGAUGCGCGACCUGGUGCUGGCCGACCGGCUGUGGCCGUGGGCGAUGAAGGCCCAGCGCCUGGCGGUCGCCGCUGAGGCACCGUUGCCAGGUUGGGAGAUCCGCUACGUGCGUCCUGGUGACUGCAUCACUGCGGUGGCUGUCACCGACGAUCAGGGCGUGCGCGCCGGCCGCCGCCUGUCGCGCUGGUGUGAGCCGCAAUUCCGCCAGUGCCACGGAAUCCAGUUCGAGCAGGCGAUGGGCACGGACGGCACGUCGCUGCUGUGCGAUCGGGCCGAGGCCUAUCUGAUCUACGUCGCGCGCGUGGAAGACCCGGAGCGCUACCCGGCCCACUUCGUCGAUGCGUUGGCCUGCAAGCUGGCCGAGGAAGGGGCGCCGACGAUCAUCG